AGAGAGAGAAACUGUGCUGGAGCUGCACGCUUCAUGAGCUUUUAUUUUAGUAUCGAGACUCGAUAAUAAAAUAAGCAUGGGCAGCUAAUCUGCUCCGUCCACGAGAACCAGCGAUUCCUCCCCCAUCAUCCCAGGAGAGUCCCGAUCGCGUCCCGCCUCGCUUGAAAUGGGAUGAAAUGGGAUUAUUCAUGUCGACGAAGAUCGGAUGGAUUCUUGCGAUCGCCUCUGCUUUCCUGUUCCUCGCGGCGCCUGCAGGCAGCGUAGAUGUGAGCUGUGAGAACGUAUACCGGGACUUUUCUGAGUGCGUCCUGGAGCUGGGGGAGAGCAUGGACAACUACCAGGAGAACGUGACCAGCGAGCAGGGAGUGGCGGCCGUCUGCAGCCACUGGGAAGCCUUCCACACGUGCGCGCUGACGGCGCUGUCCGACUGUCAGCAGGAAGUCAGCUCCAUCUGGGAGACCCUGAAGCAGGACUCCAGGAAGAUCCGCUUCCAGGGAAGCCUGUUUGACCUGUGCAGCCCCAGCUGUGCCCCCAGCGCCCGUCUGCCCCUCGUCGCCCUCGUCCUGCCUCUGGUGCUGGUCCUGACCGGGCCGAGCGGCGCCUCUGCGUAGACGGGACGCGGAUGGGGGUACCGAGGGUAGGAUGGACAGGGCUCGGUUUCUUUUUUUCAUGAGUUUCAGUACGUCUGAGCUCAGACUUAAUGCCAAGGAUUUAAAAGGUUGAAAUGUUUUUAAAGGAUUUUUUUUUCUUUUUUACACUGAGCUGUUUUUUUGUGUGGCAGGACAAUCAAUUUAGUUUGGCCGAUAGCUUCAAGUCUUCUGAUAAUGAUAAAGCCUAUUUCUUUAUUAAAUAGAAGCUUAGGAGGGAAAUAAAAAGUGCAUUUUUGAACAUGGAAAGCAUUAUAGUAAAUGACUUUUGGUCCGAAACUAGUUUACCACACCUGAUUUUUAAAGUUUUAACUUGAUUUUCUUAAAAAAUAUAAAUAAAUAAAAGCUUAACCUGCCAGCUAGCAUAUGUGUGGGGGUCUCAUAUCAUGGGGUUUGUUGGAUUUUGUCUUGAUAAAUCAACAUCAAACCUAUGGAGGUAAUAAUAAACGGGACAUCAUUUAACCUGAAGUCUUCCUGUUUCCGGCCAAUUUCCCAGCCAUGUGAGCCCCAUAUGUGAAUGCUGGCUGGCUGAUGGCACAUUUACUAGAUCAAAAGUCAACAACCACAGAAUAAAACAUAUCAAACAUGCAAAUUAAGCAAAUGCUAAUUGUUGAUUUUUAUAUUCACAAGCUUGUUUUUUUUUUUGUUUUGUUUUUUUAUUGUUUGUGCACUUCCCGGAUUUUUAGUCUUUUCUAAACACUAAGAUAAGCACACAUGCAGAAGCUGGGCAUGUGAACAUCAUAUUUUUAGAUUACAGCUGCUUAAAAAAGCAUUCAUAUCCCUUAAACCUUUGCAUGUGUCACGCCUUUGUUGCAUCUUGCACGCGUCCUCUAAUAAAACCUCUGAGGUCUUCGCAGUUGCAUUGCGAGCUCCAUGCUGUGAAGAAAUGCAUCCCCGCAGCAUGAUGCCACCUCCACCAUGUCUCCCAUUAGGGCUGGUGUGUUCAGGGUGAAGAGCAGCGCUCUCUGAAAAACCUGAGAAGCAUUCACAGAACAGAUGGAGCCUCCUUCUCUUCUUUAGUGGCGUCAGAGUACAGAGGCUGCAAUGCCACAUCUUAACGUUAAAUCCUAACGCAGCACGUUAAAGUUUGACAGAAUGCAAACCAGUUUAGGGGGUAUGGAUGUUUUUUUUCACUGUAGACGAACAUGGAGCAACACUUCCAAAUUAAAAUAUCUCUGCUGCCUGCCCUGUGCUGUCAUCUGGAAGAGAAACACUUCAGACUUAGAGAAACGAGCUCUCUGAUUAGAAAUCUAUCUGAAUCUGUUUUAAAUCAAACAUUUCUUUUCCUAACCGUGCUGCUGGGGGAGGAAGCUGUGUUGUCGUUUACACACUGCUCAUAUAUUAUACAUGGAUAAUAUAUGAAACAUGUAUUGUUUGUGCACUUCCCGGAUUUUUAGCCUUUUCUAAGGCUAAAAAUCUUAGCCUUAGAAGAUUUUUAGCCUUAGAAAAUAGGUGAGCUCUCCUAUUUUCAAAAGGAGAGCUCACCUUUUGAAAAUAAAAGGCAUGUGUUGUCUUGAAACUGAAAGUGUAAUAAGAACAUGCAUGGCUAGAGCGGUGCAUUGUUACUCUAUGUGCUGAUUAAUCUUUAUUUGGAGUAAUGAGAGCGUUGCGCAACAUCCAGACAUGGCAACUCAAGCGCCAUCUAGUGAGGUCUGCUUCUGGUUCCUGACUCAUUUCUACCGUCACAUCAGUUCUUUUAGAGGGCAAAAGAAAGUUUGGCCUCAUUUUUCUUUUCAUACCACGUGAAGCUAAAUAUAAACAUUAACUGGAUUUAAUUACCUCUGCUCAGAUGCCGUCAUAGCAACACAGGCAAAGAAUAAAUCAUGUUUAAGUGUCUCUAACUUUUUAAAAACCUCUAUCAGCAGGGCAGUUUUCACUACAUUAAAUACUUUAUAUAUUACAUAUGGUUUACCCCCUACUGCAAUUCAAAAAUUAUACACGUUUGGUUCGUAGAUGCAGGUGGAGACUUUUAAUUUGUAAUCGGGGUAAAAAUUGUCACCAGCAUGAUUUUCUUGCACAGGAAAAUGUAAAGUAUAACACAACAUACUCAUAUUUAUGUGACUUAGUUUUAACAAAAGGUAAAAUCAAGUUUAUCCAGAGACUUUUACUGAAAAGGCAACAUUGCUGCACCCAAGUCAGCUUUUAUUCUUUCUUACACGUGGCUAAAUAUAGCCAGCGUUUUGAAAGACAGUGACCCAAAUCCUGUUUUUAUUACUGAAAGUAAAUUUAUUCAAUCAAGUCCAAAAGAAACUGAAAACGACAUGUAUUUCUUUUAAUACAGCAAACAUGCAAAAUUA